UGUAUUACCGCACAGAGAGGACUGAGUGACUCACUGUAAGCGCACGUGCAAGUUUGGUUCAUGCAUCUGCAGCUGUGAACUUACACGGUUUGUUUUUUUCUCAGUCACACUUUGUUGUUGUUUUUGUUUUCACUCACUGCUGUUAAAAAAUAAUGGCAUUGGUGAAUCAUUUGACUGCCUCAUGCUGGAGGAAUCUUCAGGGAGACCGGCUCCACAAGCAGCUCUCCUCCGUCAUUUUACGCCACUUACACAAGUCAGCGACCAGCGAGGCUUUGGAGAUCAGCGCGACCGGAGAAGAGGCCAUGCCCCAGAGACUGAUCACACCGGCGGAUGUCGGCGGGACGAGGAGGAUCAAGAGCCUGAAGGAGAUGCCGGGACCGAGCACCUUCUCCAACCUGGUCGAGUUCUUCUGGAGAGACGGCUUCAGCAGAAUUCAUGAAAUUCAGAACGAACACAGGAAGAAGUAUGGGAAGAUCUUUAAGUCCCGCUUCGGACCCCAGCUGGUGGUCUCGAUCGCGGAUCACGACCUGGUGGCCGAGGUGCUGAGGGCCGAGGGCACGGCUCCCCAGAGGGCCAACAUGGAGUCGUGGAAGGAGUACAGAGACAUGAGAGGCCGGUCCACCGGUCUCAUCUCAGCGGAGGGAGAGCAGUGGCUGAAGAUGCGGGGCGUGCUCAGGCAGCUCAUCAUGCGUCCCCGCGACGUGGCCGCCUUCUCCGAUGACGUGAACAAAGUGGUCGACGACCUGAUCAAGAGAGUUUGCACCCUGCGCAGCCGGGAGUCCGACGGAGCGACCGUCCUCAAUGUGAACGACCUCUUCUUCAAAUACGCCAUGGAAGGUGUGUCAGCCAUUUUAUAUGAGUGCAGACUGGGCUGUUUAGAAAACGAAGUCCCCCGGGAAACCCAAGAUUACAUCACGGCUUUGCACCUCAUGUUCAGCUCCUUCAAGACGACGAUGUAUGCCGGAGCCAUCCCCAAAUGGCUCCGACCUGUUAUUCCCAAACCGUGGCUGGAAUUCUGUAACUCUUGGGAUGGCCUCUUCAAAUUCACGCAUAUUCACGUUGAUAAGAGGCUCAGUGAUAUAAAAGCCCAGAUGGAGCAGGAAGAGGAGGUGAAGGGGGGACUGCUCACGCACAUGCUCGUCACCAGGGAGAUGAACCUGGAGGAAAUCUACGCCAACAUUACGGAGAUGCUAUUGGCCGGCGUCGACACGACAUCCUUCACUCUUUCGUGGGCCAGCUACCUGUUGGCACGACACCCUCAGGUACAGGAGCAGAUCUUCGCAGAAGUGACAUCGGCUCUGGGACCCAGAACAGUCGCCACAGCUGAUGAUAUUCCCCGUCUGCCCCUCAUCAGAGGACUGGUCAAAGAAACUCUCAGGCUUUUUCCAGUUCUCCCAGGCAACGGAAGGAUUACCCAGGAUGACUUGGUGGUGGGUGGAUACUUCAUCCCCAAAGGGACUCAGCUGGCCCUGUGUCACUACUCCACAUCUCUGGACGAAGAGAACUUCCCCGACUCCUCAGACUUCUGUCCGAAGCGCUGGAUACGGAAAGAUUCCACAGACCGAGUCGACAACUUUGGCUCCAUUCCCUUUGGCUACGGCAUCCGGAGCUGCAUCGGCAGGAGAAUAGCAGAAUUAGAGAUGCAUCUCGCUCUCACAAGGCUCAUUCAAAGGUUUCACAUCGGAGUGUCUCCUCUCACGACUGAUGUCAAGGCGAAAACCCAUGGCCUCCUCUGUCCUGCUGCCCCGAUUCACCUGCAGUUCACCGACAGGGAAACAAGAAGCUGAUUCCUCACCUGAAGGUUUACAACACUCAUUUUAAAUGCUGGGGGGAAGGUGGUGCUUUUAGCAAACCCUCUACGCUGUUAGAUUUGAAAUACCAAGCUCAGACUGAGGUUUUACUCAGGCAAAGAAAUGUGUCGGACCUCCUGUGUGUGAGGAAUACACAAAAAAAAAGUACUGGACCUAUAAUAUAAUGUUUAAAACUGUUGUUUAUACUUAUAAAUUGUACUCACCCUUCAUCUUAUUCAAAGUAGUGACUGUAAAAAUGAAUUAUAAUCCACAAUAUGUACAAAAUUGUAUCCUAAUCAAUGCUUUUAAUUAGUGAUGUUUGUUUUACACAUUACUACAAUAUCACAGUGUUUCCUUUUAAGCAAACUAAUCACUGGUUAUGUUAAUGGAUACCAGGAAUGUACUGAAAAUGUAUGUAUAUAAUGAGCUAUAUGUGAUGUUCUUUGAUCAUUUGAUUUAACUGAGGAAUAAUGUUUAACCACUAGAGGGCAUGAUCUUAUGUAGGAAACAUAAUGUAGGAAGAACAAAUUUAUGCAUAUAUAUAUAUACAUACAUACAUACAUAUAUAAAUAUGUAUAUGCUGUUUAUGUGAUUUUUGUCGUUUAUUGUCCAAGUGAUGUUUAUUGAGAGGGAAAGUGUAUGUUACAGAUUGUUGCAGGAGGAAGUUGUUGUUAGAUCGUGCCAUUAUUAGAAGGAUCACAUUGUAAGAGGGGGAAAUCUCAGCGUUUGUCUGCUGUUGUGUUCAUCUGCAGAUUUUACUGUAUUAAACAGUAGUAUAUAAAGUAAAGUAGUAUAUAAACACACGUAUGCAGAGCAAUGGAAUUGAAUGGGGAUGGCAAGAUAAAAGGUUUUUGGGAGCUUUAAGAUUUUGUGAUUGAUGUAAAUGUACAACAGUGCACUGCCGUAUGCAAUAAAGAAAUGGUAUCUUGUGCCCAUUUUUGACCUCAUUUCUUUGUGAGGACCCUGUUUGGUCCAAAAAAGUGAUGGACAAUAAAUCUUUGUGGAUAUAAUGUAAUAAAUGAUUCUAUAAAAAUCUG